ACCCCCAGCGUCCUGGAGGGCAAUAACUCCCUGGAUCUGCUGGAGAUCAUAGGCAACUUCUACGACGGCAGCAACAUGACCUCUCUGGACUAUGAUGCCGCACCCUGCCACAACCAGUACUGUCCCCUUUUCCAGCGCGUGGCCCCUGCCUUCCUUGCUGUCACCUGUGCCGCAGCCACCCUGGGCACUGGGGCACUGCUGGUGGCACUGGCCAAGUGGCCCCAUGCCUGGGGCUGGCCCCAGAGCCGACCGCUGGUGGCCCAGCUGGCAGUGGGGACAGGUCUCUUCACUGCCCUAAAAACAGUGGGCAUCAGACAGGGCUGGCAGCUGGGCACGGGGCUGUGUAAGCUCACCCACCUGCUGUGGCACUGGAGCCUCUUUGCACAGGGGCUGCUGGUGGGCAGCAGCUCCUGCAGAACCGCCUGGUGCCGCUGGGAUCCCCGGAGCCAGUGGAUGGCCGUGGCCAUGUGGGCCGGGGCACUACUGCUAGCAACGCCGGUGGCUCUCACCAGCGGCACGGUGGCAGCCCCAGAGACAAGCUGCAUCCGCUGGAGUGUGGACAUCCUCUCCCCAGCGUACCUGCUGCACCUCGCCCUCUGUCUCUGCCUCUUCCUGCUGCUGCCAGCCCAGCUGCUGCAGCCCACCUGCAGCACCUUCGAGCAUUUUGACUAUGUGCUGGGGUUGUGCGAGGGUCUGGGGGUGCUGCACUGCUGCCUGGGGCCCGCAGCACUGCUCGCUGCCAGGCUCUGCCGCCACAGGGCAGGCACCAGCGGCAGCUGCUGCAAGCGGCUGUGUUCCUGGCGCUACAGCCGAGGGCCCCAU